GAACAACAAACCUAAAAUUGAAAAUUCUAGACCCCAAAAAAUCCAGCCCUAAGUUUGCAGCACUUUCAAUUCAUUCCUUUCAAAUCCCAGAUUUUGAAUUGAUUUCUAAGAUUCUUAGGACGAUGUGGAAUCAGGCGUACCGGAAAAUUGAUGAUGAGGAGGCAGGAGCUAGGCCUUUGUAUCCCAUGAUGCUAGAGCCGCCGGAGAUGAGAUGGGCUUUUAUCCGGAAAAUUUACUCAAUCGUUGCCAUCCAAUUGCUGGCCACAAUCGCGGUUGCCGCCACAGUGGUUACUGUCCGUCCGAUCGCUCAUUUCUUCGUCAGCACUGGGGCUGGCCUUGCUCUUUACAUAGUCCUCACCAUCACGCCUUUCAUUGUUCUUUGUCCAUUGUAUUACUAUCAUCAGAGGCAUCCUGUGAACUAUCUUCUUCUUGGGGUUUUUACCAUUUCUCUGGCGUUUGCAGUUGGAUUGACGUGCGCUUUUACCAGCGGAAAAGUUAUUUUGGAAUCUGUGAUUCUGACAGCUGUGGUGGUUGUGGCUCUCACCCUCUACACCUUCUGGGCUGCUAGGAGAGGCCAUGAUUUCAACUUCCUUGGCCCCUUCUUGUUUGGUGCUGUCAUUGUUCUCAUGGUUUUUGGUCUGAUCCAGGUUUUCUUCCCGCUAGGUAAAAUAUCAGUGAUGAUCUAUGGGUGCUUGGCCUCUGUCAUAUUCUGUGGUUAUAUCAUAUACGACACUGACAACUUGAUCAAGCGCUACUCUUAUGACGAAUAUAUUUGGGCUGCUAUCUCUCUUUAUUUGGACAUAAUUAAUCUCUUCCUUUCACUACUCACGUUGUUAAGAGCAGCAGAUAGUUGAAGUAAACCCAGUGCCUAUAAGCAAUUUCUAUUCAUCGGCAGAACAUAAUGUCAAUGACGUAAAAACAAGCAAAUAUCUAUGUUGUAAUGCUGAAAUACUAUCACUGUUAAUUGAAAUGGAAGAUUUCGUCUCUCUUGCAUA